ACCGCCCGUGCCGUCGCUUUUCUCCCUGUUCUUUCUACGACACUUUCCUCCCCCCCCUCCCCCCCGACGCCCCUCGCACCGCCACCUGCCCCGCCACUUCCCCCACGCGAGCACGCACCUCCUUGACGGAAUCGUGCCUCCCUGCCUCCAGCUCCAUCGCCCCGCCCGCCCGUCUGGCCGCCUCGCGCUCGCACACGCCCACGGCCGAAUGUCCAUGCCCCACUCGUCCGAGGAGGCUGCGCCGCCCAACGUCAGCUGGGAGGGCGCCCCGGCGCCCCCCUGCGAGGGUGCUUCCGCCGCGGACGUUGCCCCGGUCGGCCACUCCGCCUGCGGGACCCUGCAUGCAUGGCCUCUGGCCCUGGCCCUGUCGGGGGACCUGUCGGGACUGAUUGCCACCGACGCCCCCUCGACCGAGGCCUCGGUUCUGACCGAGGCCCCGGCCGAUGGGUACCUCCUGCCGCCGGUCUUCUCGCACACCGCUUCGCAGGUGGUCGUGCUCCCCACUCCGACCACCUUCGCCACGCGCCUGCUGGCCGAGAUCGCCGAAGCCCGGCAUCGCAUCCUCCUUACUUCGCUGUACCUCGGCACCGGGCCGGUGGAAAGGACCCUGACUGCGGCUCUGCAUGAGGCCCUCGCCCGGGAGCCCGGCCUCCAGGUGCACAUCGUGCUGGAUGCCAUGCGCGGGACCCGGCCCGAUGGCCCGACCGGCGAGGACACCGGCGAUUUGACGUCCACCUCCUUGCCCGACGCCUCCUCCGGCCCGGCCGUCUCCUCUUUCUAUGAGCACCUGCCAGCUCAGUCAUCCCUGGAUUUGCUCCGGCCCUUGUGGCAUACCUUCGGCGCGGACCGCGUCCAGCUCUCUUUCUACCACACGCCGGAUCUAAAUGGCCUGUUGAAGGCCGCGCUUCCCCCUCGGUUCAAUGAGGUGAUCGGCGUCCAGCACGCCAAGGCCUACAUCGUCGAUGACAAUUGCAUUCUUUCGGGCGCCAACCUGGCUGGCCAGUACUUCACCACUCGCCAGGACCGGUACAUUCUCCUCAGCCGGUCGGCCGACCUCUCGGACUACUACUGGGACUUCGGGCAAGUUCUUCGCUCCAUCGGUCGGGCUUACGCUGGGCGUCUGCCGGCCGGCAGCGAGCCCCCUCCGAAAGACCGGGUCGAGCGAACCACCGUCCCCGACUCGCCGGACUACACUGUCAUCGACACCCUGGGCAACAUCUGGCAGUGUGACAUCGAUGCCGCCUCCGACUCGGCCAUUCUGCGUCAGUUGGGCCACAACCGCCUGGUGUCCUUCAUCCGCAUGCAGCGCCAGAAAACCCUUCCCCUGGCAAACGCCCUGCGUGCUGAGCUCUUCCGCCAUCCAAACCGGCAUCCGGUUCUCCGGGCCUCGGACAUUGCUCCCUCAACAUAUGCCAGCCCCCGGGGGGGGUCGCCCAAUGGCUUGCAAUCUCGCUCGACCGCCGAGGACUUGCACUCCCUCGGCAUCGACCAUGUGGCCCUUUCCUCGCCGCUGCAUUCGGUCACCACCGAGGAGGCCGAGCUUUUGGACACCUUCAUCGUUCCCUUUAUCCAGGCUGCCCCGCUCGGGGUGCACCAGGAUGCUCUCUUCACGCGCGCCCUCUUCCGCGGGCCGUCCGACGUGCUGAGCUUCUUGGCUCCGCGCACUCCGAUCCCGGAAGACGGCCCUCAGGAUGCCGAGCAGCCGCCCACGGUGUCGGCCUCGUCGGCCUCGCUGGAUCGCCAGACCCCGGCCGGGCCUGGCUCGAGCUUGGCCUCCAUGCGGCCCUCCCUGCACCUGGCCACGGGGUACCUGAACCUUUGUGACCAGCUGGAGCCAGCACUUUUGGCGUCUGCUCGGACGCCGGGGCUCCCGUCCGACGUGACUGCCCUGCCCCCGGGGCUGGGCUUCGCCAUGCUGGCCCAGUCGCAGACCCCCGAUCACGAGUCCGGCCCGCGGGAUGUCCCGCCCGGCAUGCUGGCCUCCUCCAGCAGUGGCUUCUCCUCGGUCGACUUGCUGACGGCCGCCCCGGAGGCCAACGGCUUCUUCGGGGCCAAUGGCAUCGCCCGACAUGUGCCCUCGGUCUAUACGCAAAUCUCCCGGGACUUCCUCCACCGGGUGGAGUCCACCGAGGCCGGGGCCAAUGCCCAGGGAGGGCAGAUCCGCCUCUGGGAGUGGGCAAAGGCCGGGUGGACCUUCCACGGGAAGGGGAUUUGGUAUCGACCAACGUCCACCGAGCCGCCCUCCAUGACAAUGGUUGGCUCUCCGAAUUACGGCCACCGCUCGACGACACGCGAUAUCGAGUCCCAAAUCAUGAUUUCCACCGCCAAUCCCGACCUUCGGCGACGUCUGGCCGACGAGCAGGCCAUUCUCUAUAGCCCUGUGGCCCGGGUAACCGGGGCUGUGCUGGACCAUGCGCAGGAGCGCCGCGUGGCCCUUGGCGUGCGCGCUGCCGUCUACAUUGUUCGGCGUUUCUUCUGACCUUGGGCCACACUACUCCUCCCCUCCCCCCCCCCUUUAUCCUUCCGGUUCCCUUCGCCGUGACCCACUUCCUCUCUCUCUCUGCCUCUAUCUUUCCACUGUCCCAUGUGCGGAAUGGUGGGAGUGCACAACAAUAGAUCAGUGUCCUGUGCUUUGUCA